UUUGAUAACAAAACUCGAUGAAACACAAAACAUUGGAGUUUAAACUUUAAAAAUAAGGUACUUGCGGCUUGCUUUACAUUAGUGAUGGAAGUGAUUUUGAAAUGUUUCAUGUAAAUAAAGAUUCUAAAUUCAAUCGAUAAUGAUCAACAGAUAACUAUAGUCAUAGUAUAAAUAAAAUGUCUUUAUUAUAUGGGGACAUAUUUGACUUAAAGCAAGUAUUGAAGGUAGAAAAUAUAGUCAAUGCAGUUAGUUUUCAAACAUCCACUAAUAACAUAUUUGCAAUAGUUCUAAGUAGUAAUGAUCUAGUACUUUUUGGGGAUCAUAAACCACCUACGCUUAAAUAUCUACCUUGGCCUAAAGAUUAUGGAAAAAAAAUUGUCUCUUUAGCAUUUAAAUCGAGCAACGAAAAACUUCUUAUAUGUAGUUUUGAUUGUACUCUAUAUUUGGUCUUUGUUCGUGAACUAUUUGAUCCACGAGAUGGAGACCGAAGAAAUAAAGUAAAAAUAAUUAGACCGGCACCAGGAGAACCUACUAGCUCAUUGAUUCCAACAGCUAUUGUUUGGUGGACGCCUACAGUCCCAACAUAUUCUAGUGAUGUUGGUAUUGUUGGUGGAAAUAUUGGAGAAAUUGUAUUUGUAAACCUCCGUACGGGUGCAUGUCUGGGAUCUACUUGUGUAAAGUGCUGUAUAAAGUCUCUAGACAUCUUGUAUGAAUCCUGUUCCAACACAGCUUGGCUAAUUAUCGCUAGCAACAAUGGUGAUCGCUGGAAAUUGUUGCUAGAAAGUUUAGAUGUUGGAUAUUGUUGGUUGAAUCCAAGAACACAUACUUCUCAUGAUCGGACAUCCAAGUAUAAUUUACCAUCAAACUCAUUGAGUAUAGAAACCAUAGUUCCUGUUAUAUCAAAUUUCCCUACAACAAAAUCACGACUACUUGGACUUAGGCAAUUAUUUAUUGAAAAAUUAUCAGCACCUAAAAAACAACGAUCUAUUGAAAAUGGCAUCCAUAAUGUGUCAAAUGAUAUUAAACAUCCAAAACGAAGCCUUUCAUCUGAUACAAUAUCAUCUGGAUGUUCAUGUCUCAGUACAGGUCCAUCACCCGAGCCAAUCGCUAGUGUUACUGAUAUGAAAUCUAGUGUGCAGUGUCACCGCGGUAAACAAACUGUUGUGAGUUACGCUUCUAAUCAUAUUUUGGUACAUGCAUCUGGGUUUAAUUGUAAUCAGCCAUUGGUUUUUAAGUUACUUAAAGGAGAUAUUGAAAAGUUUCUGUACACUGAUCAUUACAUUUAUACGACUGAAGAUAAUGGUACAAAACUGAAUGUUUAUUCUUCAAAUUUGAGUCAACUUAAAAGUGAUAUUGAUGAUGAUAAACAAAAAAGUUUACUUGGUACAUACAAAUUUGACAAUGGAGAGUUCAUUUUAAAUUUGUUUAAGGUACACGAACACAAAGUGAAAAAAAAUACGGAUGUUAUUGUUUCUCCAAAAAUUAAAGGGAAUUUAACUCAAAGUAAAAAAAAGAAAAAUGAAAGGCAUAAUCGUAAAGAUGAUGCAAUGUCAGACUUGUGUGCAUUAGUUACUAAUCGUUCAUUAUACUACUUAAAUUUAAGAAUUAAGCCUGAAGAAGUUAUAUUCAAGCUUAUAAUGAAAGGUGCUCUAGAUUAUGCAAACAAUUUAUCAGAUACUUUCGAUGUUGAUAUAAAACCAAUAUUAGAAAAAGCAGCCGACGAACAACUUAGUUCUAGAAAAUUUGAAGAAGCCACUCUUCUUUAUAAACUGUCAAAGGGCAGUCCUUUAAAACGUGUACUACGGUUGGCAUCAUCUGGAAAUACUGACAAAGUGGUUCUGUUUGUCAGUACUUUACUUGAACAAGCACACCCAAGGGACCUUACAGCUUUGGAAAGAUUGCAUAUCUCUAAUCUUGCCAUAAUGAGUUAUACGGAACAGUUGUUACGCUCCAAUGAUAGAGAUAAACCAAGAAUCGAAUCAAAAUUUUUGCGGUUAUUAUUAGAUAAUCAUCAUUACGAUGAAGUAUUAUGUGUUAACAUUAUCGGUCAAAGUCGUCUUUGUUCGAUUUUGAAAUUUUUAGCUGUCGACAGAGGAUUGCAUAACGAAGUUCUUACUGUACUAGUCAGUUUAAUGAGCCAAAAAUCAUUAGAUAGUAAAUAUUUACCAUUAACUGAAGGAUUUUGGGAUUUAGUAUCAGAUACAGUUUUUACAGAAGCAUUAGUUGCUUGUAAUAAAUUUACUAGAGUUCAUGCCAAAUACAUACAAGAAAAUUUACAACAUAUUUCUAAAGAGACAAUUAUAAAACUCAAAGUAUUAUAUGAUCCUUCUAAUCCUGCUUUGCGGCCAGUUUUACGUAAGAUGUUUUGUUUAGAUAACGAAUUGGAGUGUUCAACAGAACAAGAUAAUUUAAAUCACUGUAUGAAAGAAUGGUUGACCACGUAUUUAAUGAUAUUAAUCAAACUUUCACCAAAUGAGUACUCAGAGCGGUUAAUGAAUUCAGUUUCGUUAUCACAUCCAUUUGCAGUAAACACACUUAAAGAUGAAAUACAAAUUGAGCGUAAAUCUAGUCUUGGUGGUGGUUGGGCUCAUGCAGCUCAUAUACGUAACCACAAACUCUAUACUUGGGGUCAUUCUUCAAACGGCUGUUUAGGUAUUGGGCCACAUAUGACCAAAACUGCUACACCAAAUCCCGUGUCAUGGUUUGUGUGCAUACGAGUUGAAGUCAUGCAAGUAGCAUGCGGUCGAAAUCAUUCUGUUGCUCUCACUACAAAUGGAGUCUAUUCUUGGGGCUCCAACCAUUAUGGUCAGUUAGGCACGAACCGCCAGGGACAAGCUCCGUAUCCCAUGCUUGUUGAAAAUUUAUCAAACGAGUUAAUAACCAGCGUGUCAGCUGGUCAAUAUCAUUCUUUAGCGAUUUCCAUACACGGAAAAUUGUGGACCUGGGGAUGGGGCGUUUAUGGGCAGUUAGGACACGGAUCAAUUGAUGACUGCAAAAAACCUAAAAUUGUCAAAGCAUUAGAGAACGAAAAUAUUUCCAGUGCUUUUGGAGGGUAUGCACAUAGUAUUGUUCUAACGAGUGCUGGUAAAGUAUUUACAUUUGGAUCUGGAGUGUUUGGCCAACUGGGCAAUGGUAGCACAGCAAAAAUUACUAGUCCAGUUCCUGUGUACGGCCUCUCUGAAACUAUAAAAAGCAUUUCCACAGCCUAUUUUCAUAAUUUGGCUCUGAGUGAUGUAGGUCGUUUAUAUGCUUGGGGGAGCAGUCCUCAAGUACUUCGAUUCCAUGCUCAGUCACAAAAGAGAGCUAGAAAUCAGCUGGCAUUAAAUGAAGUCAACCAUGUUGAUGAUGCAGAAAUAGAUGCAUUAACUGCUGAUGAUGGCUUACUGCAUCUAAGUCCAACUCUUAUAGAUACAUCACAUAUAAAAGGAGAUAUUGUUCAAAUGUGCUGUGGAUGUCACCAUUCAGCUGUUGUGAGUUCUACUGGACAACUAUACACUUGGGGUCUAAAUUUAGAUGGACAGUUAGGAGUAACUGGUAUUCGUGAAAGGUUAGUUCCAGCUACAACAUUGGUAGGUCCGCCUUCGGUUAUGGCGGAUUCAUCAAGCAACAACGGGGAGCCAAUAAAAGAAGUUAGAUGUGGAGCAGAUUUUACAUUAGCUUUAGAUGGAGCUAAUAAACUUUGGGGUUGGGGAAGUAAUCACGAAGGACAAUUGGGCAAAAUUCCAGAAGAAGAUUUAGCAAAAACUCUAUUAGAUGGGAAAAUGGUUAUGAUAAAAUCAACACAUAAAAUCAUAAAAAUUCAACAUGGUAGUGUGAACAAAUUUGAUUCUCCAAUUGAGAUUGUCUUACCACAACUGAGAUUUUCCUUUACUAACACUCAAGAUGUUAUUUCAAUUCCGGUCAAGCGAUUUUUGAAUUUUCCUGGUCAACAGUCAAAGGAGUGUUUUCUUGAAAAUCUUAACGAUUUAUGUGACUUACACGGUGUAGACUACGUCUUGCAUUAUGCACUGGAAUGGUUUUAUCCAUACUAUAAUACUUCUGCCAUUAUUUCUACGUGUUUUCAAAUGCAAAAUUAUCAAGCGGCUAGUAAAGUACGAUUAAUUAGUAAUGAACCGUCCAAAGCAUUGCUUCAUCAAUUUGAAGCUUUUGUAGAAUCAAGGUCGUACGGAGAAAUGUUUGGUUUUAAUGUCGAAGGUGGACACGAAGAACCAGCUGCAGAACUUCUUACAUUCGGUGAAGAUUUCACACUUAAUCUAGAAGAAGGAGAGCUAUUGACAUCUCUUCCUAAUGCCGUUUUAUCACGAAUGACUUCUGAAGAAAACAUAAUAAAAGAAUGGCCAGGAAUUUCUAUAAUUUCUCAAAUGUUUGACUAUUAUUUUGAAUUCAUACAAGAAGUUAACAUGGUUUCUUUUUUGCACAAAUAUCUUACGUAUUGGUUGACUAAGUCGUUUCCGGUUGACGCACUAGAAGAGAUGUUGUUGGAACGGUGGGACAAACUAAAAAAUCCAUUGGGGGUUUUAUUACUGUGUAAUGAUUUGUCCGGAACAAAUGAACAUACAGAAUUUAGCGAGGAACUAAUGAAACCAAAUUCUAUUCUAAAAUGUUUGUCCUUAUCAUUUUGUAUGCGACUGUGUUCAUCGGUUUCGAAAAAUGUUGAAGAAACAUCUGAAAAUCGAGGAGAUCUCAUUAAAUUAUUAGCUCGUAUUACUAAUGCCCCGAGUACUGGAUGGAUAGAGUCGAUAGUUGAAAACAAAACUGAAGAUUUGUUGAGUCAUUCAAUACACAUGCUUAACAGUGAUGAUCAAAACUCUUUUAUACACUUAGAAUUCAAAGAUACCGAAGUAUUGGGAAAUACAAUUCUGGCAUAUUCUUGUGGUCAUCGCUAUCUAUCCGAAGAGCAACUUAACCAAGAUACUAAACAGUCCAUCAAUGGUCUGGAUAACUUACCUAGAACUGCUAUGGCAAUACAGUCUGCUAUGCAGGAUAUUGGAGAUACUGCGUGUCCCAAUUGUGUAAUCAGACAAAUCGGUAGUCUUGUACAAGACGAAUAAUAUAUUUUUAGAGAACUACUUCAAAUUAUAGAAAUAUCAUUAAUAAUAUAUUCGCACCACAAAGGUUGUUUAUAUGAACGUUAUUCUCUUUUUACACGGUCAUCUAGUCGGACAAAAUAAUAAUAUUUAUAGAAAAUGUUUUUUAUUGUUUAUUAUUAUUUUUUUUUAGUGAAAUGUAUGUUAUACAAUGACUUGUUUUAUUUUUAUUUUGUUU